AGUUGCUGUUUCAACUUCCUUUGGCAACAAGCCUCACAACCGCUCGUGUGUGUGUGUACAGCAUGUAGCAUCUUUAGCUAGCUCGAAACACGUAUUUAUGAUGUCACCUUGGUUUACUUUGGCGUUAAGUUCAAAAAUAAACGAAAACUAGCUCACGCUGCUAAAUCAAUGGCCAGCUAGAGCCGUGUUGCUUGGUUUACUUUGGCGUUACGUUCAAAAAUAAACGAAAAAUAGCUCAAGCUGCUAAAUCAAUGGCCAGCUAGAACCGUGUUGCUAUUCGCACCAUGUUUGUUGUGUGAGGAGAUGAACAGCUGCCAGUGGGGCCGUUUACUUCUCGCCUUCGUCGUCUUAGCGGUUGAGUGUUUGACGCAAGCGGGGACGACUGCAACUCUGACAGAUGAGCAACCUGUCAGCUCAGCGACCCCUUCUCCGGGGGUCACCGACGGACUGAAGUCCACCAGCCCCCUCCCUGCCACGAAUGACUCCAUAAAUGUUCGCGGUGAAAGCGGGACCCCCUUUGCAGACAACCAAACUUCGACGGCUGCUACUGCCGUAAGUCCGAUAAAUGGGCAACCUGUCAGUUCAGCAACCACUUCUUCUGGGGUGACCGACGGAGUGAAUUCGACCAUUCCCCUUCCUGGCACCAAUAAUUCCGUAAAUGUUACAGGCGGAAGCACUGGGACUCCUUUUGAAGACACCCCGAUUGUGGGACUCCCUGAGGCGUGUGUCUGCGAUUUAACUCCCGAUUUCUGCAACAUUGGCUGCUGUUGUGACAUUGCUGAUUGCGGCGUUGCUGACCUGAGUACUGUUUUCAAAGGAUGUCCUCAGAAAGCCACGUCAGGAGUCUGCAUUGAGAAAUGGCUGAUGUUCCGCGCCAACGUGGAUUCUUCUUUAGUCAGUGUGACCGAAUCUUUGUUUUGUGUUCAAUCUGCAGCUGAGCAUUUGGAGGUCCCCACUGUUCCACUUCAACUUCCAGUUUUAGGAGACUCUUAUCACUUCUCAUCACCUCAACCAAUAAGCGUCGGCCACAGCAGACAUUUUUAUCGGGCGGAUGAUGUCAUCCAGACGGUUUUCACCAAAUCAUCUGUGCGAGGUCUCCUUCGUCAGCCGUCUCCAGGAGCGGCUGGUGCUUUCUGUCUUAGUCGCAACCCCGCACGCUUCUUAAGGUCACAGUCUCUGUCUUGUACCCGCAUGGUAAAUCCUCAGUCGUGCACUAAAGACCCAAAUCUCAGCGCUCUCUCCUACUUCACGGAACUGAGUCUGAUUAAAAUUCCAAAACCUGCAGAAGAACAAGUGUCUGACCUUUUGAUCCCAGUCUCCCCACUUUCUGACUGGCCUGCACCCAGUGAGGAAACAAAUCUUUGUGUUAACGUGGCGAAAAAGGUGGAGUUUGUCAUAGUGUACACAGACAGAGGAGAGCUGGCAAGUGCGACAGUGAAUGUUGUUCUAGAGGAUGUGAAAAUGAACCAGUUGUUGCAACAGGUGCACUCGAUCCAAUAUAAGCUGGGGACAUCUCGCCCGUCUCCAAUGCCGACGAUUCCCUCAGUUGGACUGCGGGUGGGAUCCAGUGUCCUUGGUGGCUUUAACGGAGAAGUGAAACCCGUGACCAUAAUGGGGUUGCCGCAAGCUAGCGAGUGCUCCUCUGACCCCGCCACGCGGACGAACAUCCUCUUCACACACAACAGAAUCACAGGCUGCAGGUUUAGUUCUCCUUCCAGGAACUGCGCUGAGCUGCGUUCCCAGAUUGAUAGCAUCUUGCAGGGAGCCGCUGUUCCUGACGUGAUUGCCACGAGCUCGGGUUCCCAACCCGACUGGGCGACAGUCCUCAAGCAGGAGUGUCCUGUCAGCUCGGAGGAAACAUGUGACUCGGGCUGUACCCUCCCACACUUGCUCUCCGUGCAAGUGCUGUGGGCUCGUAUGGGCCUCCUCGACCUCCCUCAGAGUUACAUCCUGGGGGUUAAAUACCUCUUCCGCUGUCAAAAGUUUCAGUGCCCUUUGUCGUCAACCAUCGCUCUCACCACCGAGGUCGCAUUUGCCGACAUGACGGUUUACCCCAAAACUGUGCUGGAGACUGGGUCACCUUGAGGACGCGCUCUGCUUGACUGGCGUCUUCACCAGAGGCACUGCUGAGCUGGACAGACUCAUUCUUAUUACAGUUAAGGUCACUUACAGUUCAACGUUGCUUACAGCCAGUUUCCCAACAGGAUUAGAAUUCUUCACCAGGGAACUGGAUCGUAGAUGGUUUGGUUAUUGAAAGUUUGAGGAAGGCAUCGCUUUAUUUGUCCAAGAAAUUCGAUACACACAUUGGCUGAGGGUGCACUCGUGCAAGACUGCACUAAAGGAAAAAGGGGGUUCUCAUCUGUAACUUGAAUCCUUUCCCCUCAGAAUAAAAUAAAACUUAUUUUUGUAAUUUUUUAGUAACAGCAUGUGGGUUGAAGGUGUAUUUUUUUUUGUAUUCAGCUUCUCCUGCCGGACUGGCUAGUUGCUGUGCGUCCUUUUCUCCUUUCUCCCCGAGUGGCGGACGUAGUUGAGAAGGUGGACAAUUGCAGCCGGAGUUAUUCCUUGCAAACGUGUAGCAGCGCCCAGCUGGAGGGACACAAUGAGCUUUUUUAAUGUAUGCCAUAACUCGUUGACGUAGUUUUUAUUUAUUUAUUUUUUUAAUACCACCCCAAAAUAAAAAUGUAUAUGUUGAAACCCGUU